AUGAAGCCAGUGCUAUUGAUGAUGUUAUUUGCAUUCUCAAGCAACAGAAGGGUGUUCUACAUUAAUCUGAAGGAUGUUAAGUCUGGAAGUGAUUUUAUAAGCCAACUGUUUGAAAAGUCUGGCAUCCUAGGUACAGUGGCAAGCACAAAAAGCAGCCUUGGUGAGUCACCAGAUGCUGCUGAGCCUGUUGUGCAGGAUGCUCAGGCAGAACCACAGGCCGAGCAGCAGCCAAAAACACUUACAGACAAGCCUGCUGAGCAAGUCGACGAAUCAAAGCCGGAUAAAGCCAAACAAGAAGAGCAGCAAACACCAGAAAGGGCUCCUUCUAACAAAAAUGAUGCAUCAGCAGAACAAAGCAAACAAAUCAGUGAUCAAGAAGCGCAAGCCAAAGAUAAGCAGAAAGCAAAAGAUAAAGAAGAGGCAGAAAUAAAAAAAGAAGAAAAGCAAGCUAAGGAUGAACAGAAAGCUAAGGACAAGGAAGAGCAGAAAGUAAAAGACUGA